AUCAGGAAUCAUGGAUGAAAAAGAAAAGCCGGACAAAAUUUUGUUUUAAUAUAGAGAAAACAGCAAAAAAUUAGUGUUGUGGCUUCAUAUUCCGACCGAACAUCAUAUAUGGUGUAUGCAUGCAUCAGGUAUCAACAACAUUCGACCAGAACAAAAAGGAAAUCAAAAGCUGAAAUUUUUUUUUUUUUUUUUUUUUGUAACUUACACGAUCGAUUGAACAUCGGACCGAAUUGUCGACGUUCGAUCAAUUUUUGUUUUUGUUUUGUUUUGUUUUGAUUUUUUACUUUGUCCAGCAGCUGUCAGCUACAUAUAUGUUGUUUUUGUUGUGUUGAUUUCGACUUUUGUUACUGACCGAAAAAUUUAUCAUCUUCUCAUCCUAUUGUUAUUGUUCAUUGUCGAGCUGUCAUAAUUUUGUAAUAACAUCCUUCUACAUUGAAACAUUUUCAUUGUUAUUUUGAUGAACUUCGAUCACAUUGUUUUUCGUUUGUUGGUGGCAAAUUAAUUUUGAUCGACACGUGACACGUUCGACAUCGAUUUAGUUUGAGACAACGAAAACAAAAGAAAAAAAAAGAAAAGAAAAUGCAAAUUUAUUGGACAUUAAGUCUAAUGAUGAUGAUGAUGAUAUUAUGGUGUUCAUUGGUUCAUUGUAUCGGUAGUUCGAUUGAUGACAUACCAUCGGCAGCAGAAUUGUUUGGACAAGAAGAAUCCUAUCAUGUUGUCGAAUGUGUAAUGCCUUUAUAUUUUCUUUGUCAGAAUAACAAUUGUCUACCUGAAAGUCAUCUUUGUGAUGGUGAAAAUGAUUGUGGUGAUAAUUCAGAUGAAGAUCACGAUUAUUGUGCACAAAUGAAAUGUAAUGUAACUACUGAAUUCAAAUGUAACAGUGGUCGUUGUGUACCGAAAGCAAGCCGUUGUGAUCGACAUCCCCAAUGUCGUGAUCGUUCAGAUGAAUUAAAUUGUGUAUAUGAACCAUGUCCAAAAGGAAUGUUUUCUUGCGCCAAUCAUAGCCAAUGUUUGGAUAUGAGUGAAGUUUGUGAUGGUAGUAUCGACUGUAAAGAUGGUCUUGCAUCAGAUGAACUUCAUCCGAAUCCAUGUCCGGCCAAUGUUACUUGUCCAUCAUCAUCGUUCAAAUGUACUGGAACCAAUGUUUGUGCUCAACCGAAUUGGAUGUGCGAUGGUGAAAAUGAUUGUGGCGAUAAUUCGGAUGAGAAUGAAGAGAACUGUAAAAAUUUCAAAUGUCCCGAUGAUUGGUUUCGAUGUGCAGAUAAUCGAUGUAUAUUGAUGAACAACGUAUGUAAUGGUGUAAUCGAUUGUAAAGAUGGUCUCGCUUCAGAUGAACGACAUCCAGAUCCUUGUCCACGAAACGUUACCUGUCCAAAUGAUUUUUUCAGUUGUGAAGAGACAAACAUUUGUGCCCAUCCACAUUGGCUUUGUGAUGGAGCCGAUGAUUGUGGUGACAAAUCCGAUGAGGACAUUGAAAAGUGUGCCAAUACUCCGUGUCCUGAAGAUUGGUUCCGUUGUUCAAAUACUCAACGAUGUAUACCACCAAAUUGGCGUUGUGAUGGAUCAGAAGAUUGUCGAAAUGGUGAAGAUGAAAUCGAUUGCAAUAAUGAUUAUGUACAUGAAAUAUUCAUACCGGAAAACAAUACACUUGUAUCGUAUGUUAAUCAUUCAAACAAUGUUGAUUUAUUAGAAUCCAUUUCAAAGAAUUUACAAUCAAUCAAUAAUAAUGACAAUAGUAGUAGCAGUAAUAUUAAUAAUCAACAAGAUGCUAUUACCACUGUAACGAAUCCGAUCUCAUCAUAUCUACUAAGUCAACAACAGCAUGUUCGAAAAUCAUCACCAUCAUCAUCAUCUAAAACUAUUAAUACUGCUGCUUCAUCAUUAAUGGAUCAAUAUAAUAUUGAUGAUGAUUGAACAAUUGAAAUAACGAUACGAUGAUUAUCAUCAUAUAAUUCAUAUAAUUUAUUGUCAUUAUUUAGAUUUGGAAAAUAACAAUAUUAAUAAAUUCUCUCUUUUUGCAUUCAAUAA